UUGCUCUUUAUUCACAUUGCAUCGAUAAAUAGUACGCGAUGAUAAGCAGGCGACCUUGAUACACGGAUCACUAGCUAUAUCAUGAAAACACACGCCUGUUACGAAACUAUAUCUAGCUGGGUUAGGCUCAUAAACUGCGUAAACAGCGACGCGAGAAAUCUCGACUUGAAAUUCCGGUUUUCUUACGAUUCAGACGACAGUUAGCGUUCGACAGUCAUAGAUCCGAGUGAAAAGAUCACGCAUAACGUGUUGGAACUGUCAGUGGCGGAGCCGCUUAGGUUACAUACGAAGCAAAUAUAUAGCCAAUUUGUUGCACGCUAUAGAGUCUCGUAGCGAAAGUGAUUAAGAACCUUAUUGAUAUUGAGACUUCUUUCAUCAUGUCCAAGCGAUUGCCGAAAUCUCUGCUAACUAAAGAAUACAGAGAUUAUUUUUUAAGCACGCACUUCUGGGGCCCGGUAUUCAACUGGAUGAUACCUCUAGCGGCUAUAGCCGACACGCAAAAGCAUCCGAAAAUCAUUAGCGGCAAAAUGACUUUAGCCUUGACCUUCUACUCCCUGGCAUUCAUGAGGUUUGCUUGGAAAGUGCAACCGCGAAAUUUGUUGCUGUUCGCAUGCCAUAUCACAAACACCGGGGCCCAACUCACGCAAGGUUGCAGAUUCCUCGAUUAUCACUACGGUCGGCAAAAAGAGCCCGAACUGAGCAAGUAAUGCGAGCAGCUAUAGUAAUCACGCGAGUAAUGCGUUACAACGAUAUGCUCACUUGCAAAUGUAUAAUAUAAAAUGCGAAACCCUAAUAAAAUCUCAUUUCUUUAUCACUGCUAUUGACUUUUGCUAUAAAAUAAUCGCAACGAAAUCUAACAACGCGAUGCGGAUAGCGAGAUGUUUAAUUCUUAUUCCGACGAAACGUGAUAAAUUAUACGUAAAUUUAACAUGCGCAUAAAAUGCGAAAAAUAAUUUGGUAUAACUGCGAAGAAAAUUUCUUCCAGUUUCUUCACUCCCAUUACCGCGUAUAAAAAUAUGUAUGUGCAAAUAUAAAAUAUAUACAUAUGUUCUUUCCAUUAUCGGAGCAUGUUAUCAACCAGUAACGCUCUGAUACUCAUGGCAAACUUCAUCGUUGCUCAACAGAUUUAUUGCAACAAUCUAAGAUGCAAACAAUAGUAGCGCGCGGCGUUAGAUUUAACCGCGGUAAUUAUUAUAAAAGCGUACGCGUGAGCGUGUAAUAUAUUAUAAUAAUUGCUAAUAUAUUGGAAAGCCAGAGCUCGAGGGUCUGGCGUAAUGUACCCUGGUGCAACACUGUUAACACUGUUGCGUACACCAGACCGAUUCCGCUUAUUAAGUUAUUCCGUUACUAUUCUCCUAGUAAUUGUGGCUAACGCGCAAGUAUUUAUGAUUCAGCCAUCGCGUGUUACAAGACGCUAAACCUGCACUCUCCGGGAUAUGUAACAUCUUUGUAAAGUAUCUCUUCUCAAUCGCGAUUGAAGUGAUAAGAUUCCGCAGUUCUUCUGAUAUGAGACAUUUGAUAUUUACGAUUACGACUGCUUGAACGACGCUAUUUGUUGACAUCAUUUCUACUAUUCGUUCCCUUUCAUUCAUGAAGAAUUUGGAAAUUAAUCCGAUUUUAGCGAACAUUCAAAUAUCAUUUUUUCCCACUUUCAAAUAAGUAAUUUCUUUUAUUUUACAGUCAUGCGAGCUUCUUUCUUUCGAACAAUUUGACCGAAUUUCCGAAAGAACGAGUAAAAGGAUUAUUUCUCCUCUUCUCUCGUUCUCUUCCAACCUCGUCCCUCCUUUCUAUCCUACGUGUCAUUCUCUUCUUCGUCCAUCGUUACUUUUCCGUAUCUAAAGGGCACAAGUUUAUUCGACUCGGCUCCAAUUCGGCAGUACGAACGAAUGUAUAAGGAGAGCAAUAAUUUCCUGGGGUAGCCUCUCGCGGGCGAUACAGGGGCGCGGGCACGGCAUGGCGGGCACUCGAUCGUGCUAGGGUCAUUUUAUGGGAUCUGGCACGGAUCAGACGCACGAAUCUAUCCUCGGUAUUUUCCGAAUGCUAAGCCGCGCUGUCUUCCUCCCUCCUCCCCCCGACGUUUCUCCCUUCGCCUCUCGCUCUCUUUCCGUAUCUCCAGUCCUGUCCAGGGAUAUAAAACCCACCCCCGACUAGCUGAAUAAAUAUAUAUGGCCUUAUUAGCCCCUUGUACUUGGCGUCGAUCAUGCGGCACGCCCCGCCGGCGCUCCUUUGCCGUUCGUUGAUGAAAAUGUUUCAAAUGACGUCAUCUAACAGUGUUCUCGCAAUGCUAUUAAAAAGUUAUUUAUUGAAAGUAAGCGCUUUCCAAAAGUAAAAUAAUUUUUCUUUUCAAAUUAAGCGUUAAACAUUUAUUAUAAACACACAUAACAGCAUGCACUCUAUAUAAAACUGUAGUUGCAGGGCAUCUAAAUUUGUCCGUAUUAUCCAUUUCCGCUAGUCACGAAUCAGAAUAAUCGCUCUCCGCACUCCGUCCCCGAUAAGACAAAUCCGGUGUUUUCCAUUCACGUCCUUCGGUCCUGCGGGUUUUGUCAUGCCCGCGCGGAGACAAUCGCAGAAUCGCACGAGGAGGGACGAGGUGGAGACGAGAGGAGUGACAGGGAGAGUCCUUCGGGACUGAUUUCACAAACAAAUGCCGCCGAUUGAAUCCUGGCAUGUCGCAAGAUGGAUCGCUCUCUUUGAAUCACAGAUUACCGGCCGCUUCUGCGCCUUCCAUCUCGCCUCGCGUCGUAUCGCUUCUUCGUACCGCCGCCGUACGACGUACAUCGUCCUCUCCUCCGCUUCGCCCUUCCCGUUGGACCACUUCGUCCUUCGCGGAGGCGCUUCCACCUCCGUGGUUCCCUUCCAGCGGGCAGCUCGGCAAUUUGCCACAUGCCUACGCAGCUGCGACCCUCUCUCUUUCUCUUCUUCACCCUGUCGCGUUACUGGCAUCUCGAAUCUUAUGUCAACGACGACCAAGUCAGCGACGAUCGAAAUCGUAAAAUGUCGCGGAAUUGACGGAUCAAUAAAACACCCGUGUUAUAAUUGGCUGUUGAGUUAGUUGGACGAAGGCCGUAUUAAAGAAAUUGUACUAGACACGAUUAAACAGAUUGAUAUAAUGUAUAUUACGCGUAUAAUAAUAUAUCAGAGUUAUGCAAAAUAAUGUAUAAUAAAUUUUAAUAGUCUGUAAAUGCAAAUGAAUAAAUAAUGAAUAAAUAAUGAUGGUAUCGAACGGUGUUAUAAAUAAUAGCGAAUAUAGACAUAUUGGGAAGGAAAGCGGAGCGUCGAAAUCGCGCGAAGGACGGCGCGGCGCCUCGGAAACGCCAGGCGUAAUCGAAGAACGUUUCCGUCGACGGGCUCGAAAUAAUUCGAUGAGGAGGAAAAAGGGCGCCGCCGCAAGCGAAAUGAACUGUAAAGCGGAAUGCUCGGAUUGUAAGGCCGCCCCCGCGAACUUGCAUGAACUGCGACCAGCGAAAAAAAAGAAAAAAAAAGCGAGAAAGAGUAGAGAGGGAGAGAGGGAGAGAGAACCGAGGGGAACGACCCUUGUCCCAAAACUUCUCGACGCUGGGACGAUCUUUAAAUUAAGUGCGUCAGCUUAUGACGCCCGUGUAAAGUCUUGCAGGGUGGAUUUUUGAUUCGCGUGCACGAAUUGAGCGGAAAGACUCCUGAAAUGCGUGGCGAAUUGCGCGUCGCUGGCGGGGACCCCGAGGGUGAAAUGAAUCAAGCACACCCUCGCCAUGCAGGACAUACAUUAGGCUGACACCGGACUUACCAUUCGGAAUGCUGACGAUUUCUUAUGUCAGGGAUGAAAAGAAAUAAGAGUGUGUUUCCCUAGAAAAUCGAGGAAAUAUUUUGUAAAAACGAACAGAAUCGUUUUAGCGCUAGUCGUAAUCAUUUUAGGUAUAUCUACGAUAUUUUUAUUAUAUAUGUGUAUAUGAAAUAUAUGCGAUAUUUUAUAUUUAGGAAAAGAAAAA